UUCCAGGUUCUCCAAUCAUCUGUUUUGACAGGUGCCAAGUAUUUCAGUAAAAGGAUCUCCUUCAGUAUUGAUGUGUUGGUGUAUUGUACACAGCCAAUGAGAAGGAAGUUAUAAAGAAGCUGAAAAAUUCCGUAUUUUCUAGUGGUUGCUGAUUAUCUGCUGUCACCAUCAUUAUGAUCAAAAAACGUUGCAAUCGCCAAAUGGGGGGUUUUGCUUUGACCACAGUGGCAUGGAUAAUUUGCUGCAUCUCCAUGGGCCUACCUCAGUGGCGAGUGUGGCGCUUUCAAGACCCUAUUGCCUCUAAGCCUACCACAGCAUUUGUGGGCAUGUGGAGAGUCUGUGUUUUCCACCAUGAUGACAGCUUCAGCGAUAUCAGAAUAUGUCACCGAUACAACUACCAAGACACCUUCAUUCCUUUGGAUAUCCGAGUGGCCCAACAACUGCUACUGGUUUCUAGCUUUCUUGGGUUAGUUGGGAAAAUUACCACCAUUAUUUCUCUUUGGAACGUAUGCGUGGGAAGAGUGCAUAAAAAUUCCUCCUAUAAUCCAUUCGGUCUCUCUGGGAUUCUGAACAUCAUUGCUAGCAGCUUUGUUUGCCUUGCUGUAUUUUUUAAUUAUGUAUCCAUCAUAAUCCAGGAGGAAAUAGCAUUCCCACCAUCUUUCCAUAUGCCUUCCCACCCAGACACUCAGGAAAUUGGAAGUGCUAUGGCCUUGGCAGUUAUAGCUGCAAUUUUGUUUCUAUUAAGUGGCACAAUUUUGCUUUCUUCAAAUAUUCCCACAGGCAAGCCAGCACGUUCUAAAAAUUAACAG